AUGCAGAACGCAGGAAUCUCGUUCAGUAGCUGCUCCCCGGCGGCUCCAGACGGCGUCGUAACGAUCCGCUUUGGCUUAGACCAGACACUACGGGAGUUGAAAAUCGCUGCAGAAAGUUCUUCUGCUGCUCGCUUCCCAUGGAACACCAAGACCGCUGCAACUUCUGACUGGCAAGACGAGUUGCUCCCGGCCAUCUCCCAGCAUGGGCCCCAAGUGAACAACUCGCCGACUCAGCCGACCCAACAACUUGCCUCCCCCGCCAUGAGCGAGAAACGCCAUUGUCAUCCAGACCCGGCCUAUGAGACCCCUUCACAGAAACGCAAAAGAAUCAUUGAAGAAACGUUAUCGGGGAAAAUGGACAGUUCGCCAACUUCUCCCGACAUGAAUCAGCGGCAUGCAAGCAGCACUUCAACAGUCCCAAGUUCUUCUUUCCAGCCACCAUCUACACCAGUCAGACAGUCGCGAAGUUCUGGAGAUAAGCUUCAGCGAUUCAGCAGCGGCACCACAACAUUGGACACAAAAGGCAGGGCUUCUGUGUCCGAUGGAGACUUCGGAGAAGACGAGUGGGACAUGCUCACUCCUCCGCCGUCUGAUCCCCCUCGUAGCCAGGCUGAAGGCCACCAUCAUGGCCGCUCUGUCUUCGCGGAUGGUGGCUCUUCCCCGUCUCCUCUUCCGAGAACAACAGGAAAGAGGCCGAGUACUAUGUCUUCUUCCCAGACCCUUCUGAAGUGGGAGGACCCUCUCCCUAGUAGCUCGAACCUGGACGAACCUUAUGAGCACUCAAAUGUGUCGAAGAAACUGGAUUUUAGCCAACCUGCUCACUUCACAUCUCAAUUUCUUUCUGAUGAGCUCGAUGCUUCGAUGUCGGAGGCAUUUGCCUACGAACAAUUGGCUCAAUGCGCUCAUAUAUUCGACCCACGGUUGCAGCAUGUGCUCAAAGACCUGCCACACAGGCUGGAGGAAUUCAAGAAAUCUGAACGAAAACGGAUUGCGGCGGAAAAGAGCGCAGAGGCGAAAGCGAGGAGGAUUGCAGCACUGGAACGAGAAGUGGACGAAUUGAAGUCGUUGGUGCAGAGACUGGAAUCUGCGAAGAGCCGUCCGAGCGUCCAGGAGUAA